ACUGAAAAAUAUGUUUUAAGAUAACAACAUAAUAUAUAAGAAUUAUCUUAUUGUUUUAAAAGGUUAAUAUUAUUAAUCACAAUUCAUUUUUGAUUAUAUAAUUAAUAUAUAUACAUAAAACUCAUUAAGGGUAAUAUAGAUAUUAACCACUCUAACUUUCAACGUGAGAGUUUCGUUGUUAAAAAUUACUUUGCAAAUAAUAGUAUAAAUAGAUAUUUUACUUGAUAUUUACCCGAAGAUAUUAAAAACCAUAUAUUUUUACUUUUAUAUUCAAUAUAUAUUAUAUUUUCUUUAAUUUACCCUUUUUUUUUAAUUUACCUGAAGAUAUUAUCCUUCAUAAUUCAUUAGCACUCUAGAGACACAACUUCUAUUUCCCGCUAUCCAAUUACUUUGAAAAGAAUUCAGGGUUUAUAAAAUGAUUCGAGAAAAAGUAAUGAUUAACCCUAAUAUCUAAAAGACUGAUUAUUAAUACUCAUUCCGUUUCCGAAAGUAAGAUUUUUUAGAUUUUUUUCUUGUUUCACAAAAAUAGAUUUUAUAUAUUAUUAAGAUACCUUUUUAUAUUUUUGAGUAACAUUAAUUGAGAAUAUUUGAAUUGAUUAAAUUUCAUUGGUGAAAAGUUAUUGAAAAGUGUAUAAUAAAGUAAAAAAUAAAUUAAAUUAUAAAUAUUUAUUAAAUUCUUAAUAAGCGUGCAUACUUUAGAAAAAUUUACUUUCAGGAACAGAGUGACUACUUUUCUGAAACAGUGGAACCCGAGGAGUUUUGGACCUGAGACCUAAUUGUUUCUAGUUUUUAGUAUUUUCCCGCUGCUAAUUCGAUAUUAAAAUUUAACCCUAAUUAUACCAUAUCUUAAUCAAAUAUAUCAACACUAGGAAAAGCUGAACGUAGCUGUUGGAAAUUUUUUUUUGCUUGGAAAUAUUCGACGAAAUGUUUUCCCCUAAAUCUAUUUUGUUGUUUUUGAUAAUAUGAAUUUAUGGUGCGUCCAAUACAUUGACAAAAAACAUAUAUUAUCCUAUAUUUUAGAACUAAUAUUAAGUUAUUACCCAUAAAACCAAAAUGUGUUUCCCUGUACAAACUAAAAAAAUCAAUAAUUGUGAAGAGAAUCGGUUCAAAUAAUGAUCCAAGAGAAGAUCUCUUUAGUAUACAACACACAAAAGAAUAAGCAAGAAAAGACAGUCAAAAGAAGUCGAAUAUCAUUUGUCUAUUAAAAAUAGCAUAAUCCUAAGUUCCCAUCAUUGGCUCAUACAGAACAAAUAAUCUUUCUCUAAUGACUUGAUGUCUCACACCCCCUCCUUUUACUUUCCACGAUUUAUUGUAUGCCUAGUGCUUACGCAGAAAACACUCUAUGCGAAUGAAGAGGUUGUAGUUUACUAAUGUGUGGUUUCGUUAGAUUGGUCGACAUAAAAAAACGGAAUUCUUAAUUACAAUGUAUACAAUAUAGCUGACAGUCUAUAAACCAGUAUGAGUCCAGGUCCUUUAACAUGUUUCCGCAUUCAAUUUCUUAAACCUUUUUGAAGAGGCAUUUCAGGAACCUCACAUGCACUUAAAAUAAGAAGGGGAUUAAAAUAAUUGAUAUUAAAUAUAUAUUGGCUAAUCUAUUAGUAUUUGUUGUCAAAUUGUUUGAAAUCAAAACUCAUGAUUUUUAAUAAAUUCCAUUCACUAACCGAGCAUCUCCAUCCCCACUCUAUAAUUUACUGCAAAAUGAAGUGAAAAAUGGAGUAGUGAAAAAACAAAAAAGUGAUUAUUCCAUAAAUAGAGAAAUUUUUUAUUUUUUGUUCAUACUCCAUUUCUCACUCUAUUUUUGGAGUAAAUUAUGGUGUGGGGAUGAAGAUGUCCUACCUAUUUACCAACUUAUGUAUUAAAAUAUCCACGUUCAGAGAUUCAUUUUCAAUAAGCAAAAAUAGAACAACAUUUUUUAAGUAUAUAUAAUACCCACAUGCAGUUAAAUGAUUAAUUCCAGUAGUUUUGUAUUGGUUUGUUGAAGAUUAUGUUUCAUAGAGAAACUUAGACACCGCAUAAUUCACGCUAAAUGAAUGCCCCAGACUAAAAUAAAUGUGAGUUUCGAUCUAAGAAGCUCACGUAUCAAUCAAAUAUAACUUGUUUCUUACAGAACGCUAGCUAAUAAUUAAAGCUUAGAGUAUAUACAAAUUCUACAUUGAUCCUAGGCAUAUAUUAUAGCUCUAACAUCUGUAACAAAGCUAAGAGUAUGACAUACACGAUAAAACACGAACAAAAGAUUUUUAUUUUCUACUAGAGCAUAUGUUCUCAAAGCAUUAAACCUUUCGAAUCAGCAUCUUCUCGUUACUAUUUAGCCUCAGAAGGCUUAUAAAUUCUCACAUUUCCCUAUUAAAUUAUCAACAACUAAAACAAAAACCAUAAGAGCAAACCAUAAGAACUCAUAAAGGAGAUCUUACAAGAUAGAAGCAAAAGCAAUGAAGGAUGCUGCGGGUAUGCAUCUCCAGAUGACAAGUAUUGGUGAGGACCGGGUAAUCUGCAUCCUGAGGUUUAAAGCUUGAUUAUACGCAUAACAUGCCGACGCAUAUAACUAUGUGUUUUAGAAUAGCUUUUAGUCCUCGGGAUGCGGAUUACCUCUUCCUUACUAUACGUACACGGUUACAUGUACACGAUGACUGAGAGGUUAGUUUUUUUUCUCCAAAGAUACAAGACGUAUUACAUUCAUAUGCAUUAUGUCUAAUCUAAUGUGUACCUACGUGCAUAUGAAUGUAUUAUUACUACCGAUCUUUUGUGUUUUGUCUAUUAACAAUUUACGAAUAUAACUUAAACAAUUUGACGAACAAGAGGAUCCAUCACCCAUAUACUAUAAAGCCGGAAAAGGAAAGAACAAUGAAAAAUAUUGGAAGCUGAGUCAUUGCCCUAAUAUUUUAAUGUUUACGAAUGUGAAUAUUUGGGAGCUUCACGUAUAAAAUAUGUUAUGUUUUUUUCCUUCAAAAUAUAUCUUUACAAAUGUAUGAUACGUUCAUAUAUUCUAAUACUCCAAAGUUUUGUAGUAUUAAUAUAUCUACUACUAUUACAUUUGGUACAAAAGAUGUCAGCAGCUACUACUAAUAUGAAAUUUGAAGACAGCCAAACCCUAUAUUUAUUCUUGACAUGAUCAGGAUAUUGGAUAUACCCGUUCAGAUACUUUCUCUUUCUUUUUGGUAUAUGAUUUUUUUAAUGGAUUUGGAUACAGAGUUAUUUUUAAAUCAUAAAUGGAAUACCUUAUGAUCCGACUCUUUCGGCCAAGCACCAUCAGUUUCACAAUGUCUGGAUUCGAUCCGACUCUCAAGAGCUUGUUAGAGCCAUCAACUGGAAGACAUAUCCCAUGAAUCUUUAUGGAAUUCUCAUGGACAUUGAGUUCAUAUCUUCUUGUUUCGAUUUUAUUUGCUUUUCUCAUGUUUCUCAAGAGCAUAAUCGUCAAGCUGAUUUUCUGUCGAAAUCUGCUCUUCUUAAUGACUCUCCUGCUAUGUAGUAAAACCCUUUCUAUAUUGAAUGAGUUUGUUGUUCAAAAAAAUGGAGUACCUUACAAAUUAAAGCACAUAUUAAUGAACUUAGAAACAAGUCGGACUGAUCAACUUUCAAUUGGUAGUUGGUAACACAUCGGCGCGUUUAAUGGGCAGACGCGAUAUAUAUAUAUUAUAUCUCAAUUUGAAAUUAACACGAAUAAAACUUGCAUUUUUCUUUUGAUCAAAGAAUAAAACUUGCAUAUAUCAUAAUGUUACUCUGGAAAAGCAAUCUCAGAAGGUUAUACUAAGUUUAGCUUAAUUUUUUUUUAUUACUAGCACAUAAUAAAAGGAUGAAUUGUUUCAAAUAAUAAGUUUUUUUUUUUGAUAUCCGCGGGAAUCCGGUGACCGAGGUCAACCGACUAAUCCCAUGAGGCCCGCAACAGCCACGUAAUUUCCACUCCAGGAAUUAGCAGGGAGGGCCCGGGUGGCCACAUGGGGUUUCGAAGCCGGGUCCGUAUUGACGGGGAAACUGCCACCACUAGCCCAUCAUCCUGUGGUUAAUAAUAAGUUUUUUAGUUAAGAAAAGUUAUAUUAAUGAUUCAUUCCACAUAUACUCGAUGGCAACGGUUAAUUGAUUACAGUUAACUAGAUUUGUCUGAUUAAUUUGUCAUAACACGACUUUCUGUUUUUUUGAAUUAGUGAAAUUUAGUUUGUACUCUCUCUGUUUCAUAUUAAGUGUCGUUUUAGAAAAAAAAUUGCGUUACAAAAUAAGUGUCGUUUUCGGUUUCAAUGCAAAAUUUAUUAAUUUUAUUAUGUUAUUUUUUUUUCUAUUGGUUGAAAUAUGGUUAGGUGUAUAGUUAAUUGUGUUUUUAUAUAGAAAACUUGCAAAAUUAAUUAUUUCCUUAAUCCGUAUGCACAAGCCUAAAACGAUAUUUAAUAUGAAACAAAUGGAGUAUAUUAAUUCACUGAUGAUGUCAAAUACUGGAAUAUUUGUUGGUUAUUUCAGGAAAGCACAAGUUAAAGUAAUGCUAAAUAUAUAAUAAACUACUACUCCUUCCGUUUUUUAAUAUAAGUCGUUUUAAAACUGUGCACAUAGAUUAAGAAAUCAUUAAUUUUUUAUAUUUUCUAAACGAAAACAUCAUUAAUUAUUUACCUAACCACAAAUCAACCAAUAAUAAAAUAGAAUGUAAAUUAUCAUUGGUCAUAUAACAUUAAAUGUUAAUAAAUUUUACAUAGAAAACCGAAAACAUCAUAUAAUUUGAAACAUAAUUUUUUUUUCUAAAACGACUUAUAUUAAAAAAUGGAAGGAAUAUUUUUUGUGUCAAAAGUAUUAAACUACUAAUUGUGCAAGGACAAAAAAGAAAACUCCAAAAUGCUUGGUUGGACCAUGCUUUGUCAACUGCGUAUCUGUUAAUUAUUUUGUUUAUAAAACUAACAGAGUAUAUAUAGAAGUACAACAAUUGUUAGCAACCAAAAAAAAACAAUAAAUCAAGCUUUCGUCAGAUUAAAAUUAGUGGUUUAAUGUAGAACAAAACUUAGGGUGAACCUUUAGCGACCAGAUACAACGUCGAUCACAUCUUAGAAACAAAGUAUACGUUAAUUAUUUUGCAAAAAAAAAAAGAAAAAAGUAUACGUAGUUAAAUAUACUGAUUUACGUAUCCAAUUCCGGAGUAUAUUUUAAAUGAAAUCAUAUUGGGAAAUGAUGUACGUCCGUUUCGAUUGUUAGAUUUGAACAUUUUAUUUUCGGAGUAUUAUUAUAGUUGCGAUUAUGUAUUAGUCAUAAGUGUUUCAAUAUUAUUACUACCCCAUGAAUUUAUAUGCGAAAUAAUAUUAUAUCAAAGAAUAAAUUACUCAUGUAACGACAUAGAACCAUUUGUUUUCGUUUUUUGACAUAAAAAAAACUGGAACGGUAGAUUUUGAUUAGAGUGUUACUUAAUAAACUAUUCUGCCAAUUAAACAUACAAAGAAGAAGUUCGAGUAGUUGACCAUUUCAUUUCCGAGAUCAAACUCAUUCUUCUCCUUCUCGUUUGUUCUUUCUUUCUCUUAAUGCUAAAUUUCACAAUUGUUUCAUAGUUCUCUUUAUCCUACGGAAAAAUCCAAAAUAUUAUAUGGAAAACAUCAGAAACCCUAAAAACUCGGAUGAUCAUUCCGAACACAUAUCGAGAAACACUCGUCAAAGCGUCGAUAACUCUCUGUCAAGAUCUUACACAUGCAGUUUCUGCGUAAGGGGCUUCUCGAAUGCUCAAGCACUAGGAGGGCAUAUGAACAUCCACAGAAGAGACAGAGCUAACCUCAGACAUAAGCUAAUGGAAGAUAAUAAGGACGAUGUUGUCGCCGAGAGUGAUUCAUCAGGAGUUGUCUCUCUAGACCUUAAUGAAAAACAACAAGAAGACGAUUUGGCAUGUGAUGAUGAUGAUCAAGAUCAAGGUGUGGAGAAAGAUAUAAUCCCUGGUCAGAAACUAGGGUUUUGGGUUCAAGAAAACAAGCUUGAUAUUAAUGAUGAUGGAAAAGUCACGGAGGUUUGCAGCAUAGAUGGUUCGAGUUCGAGUCAUCAUCUUGAGAAUGAAAAUUUGGAUCUUGAACUCCGGUUAGGGCAAAGCGCCGUGGAGAAGAAGACAACAUAAUCUCUCAGCGAUCAUCAUACGUUGAAUAUAUAUCGAAAGGAACAAAAACCUUGAAACAUCAAACUCAAGAAUACAUCUAUAUUACAAAUGGAUUCGUGGAUCAUCAAUCUGUAUGUAUUGAAGGUAUGCAUAUGUGUAUAUAUUAUUGCUAUCAUUAUCAUCGUUUUGUUUAUAUUUGUUUACUUGCUUCUGUUGGUUUCAGCAACUUUGUAAGACAUACACGUCCAAACAAACAUAUAAACAAAUAAAUGCAGAUCUAGCAUUUGCCUAAUGAUUGUUAAUGUGAAAUAAAAUAACGUUAACUUAGUUCAAAAGUAUUGACAUAUUCAUCAGUGAUAGAGAUCAUUCGAGUAGUGCAGUGAGAAACGUUUUUUUUUUGUGAUUUUUUCUGAACCGUUGUUACACUUGACGUUAUAGAUGUUAGUAUGCUACACUUGAUUUUUCUCUAUAUAUAUAAUUCACCAUUUAAUAUUUGUCCACAUACUUUUGAAUGGAAAACUCAUUUCGUUGUUACAUUCGAGGUCAUUGAUCCUCAGCAUGUAAAAUAUGUUAUCAAAUAGUUAAGUUGUAUUAUGUUUGCCAGAAAACAUUAUAAACCAAGAUUUAUACAUCAACUUAGAUUUUAUACGAAUUUUGACUCCACCAUCCAUUUGCGACUGGUGAUGACUGUGAAAACAUCAUUGAAAUGCAUAAACAUGAUCGUAAAAGAGAGAGAGAACAUUGAGCGAGUUCAAAACUGAAGGAGCAUGCAUUUUGGUGACGCCAUCAAUGACCACGAAUUGAUCAUUUCUACAAGAGCUGCUUCGUUUUUACUAAAGCGAAAAUAACAAUAAGGUCGAUAACCAACAAGACGACUUAAGCCAACCCGGUUCGGUUUAGUUUUUAAAUCAAUCUUAUUCCGAUUUAACAUUAAAAACAGAACCGGUUAAUUUGAUCAUAUUAAAAUAGAACGAGUGCCAACGAAGACCAGCUCAUCGUCUCCAUCGCUGACCUUCCUUCAUCGAAGAAUCUCUGUAUCUAUCUUUCUCCCUUAACCGGAGCUCGUAGUGUUGGUGGUACACGGCGGAGAGAUGUCUAUGUUCGGUGCUAUUGCUCCCUCGAUCUCAAAUUGGGUAGCAGCUGUGACCAAAUCAGUUAACGGUUUGGUUGGGUAUGAGGGAGUUGAAGUUAUUAACCCUGAAGGAAGUAAUGAAGAUGCAGCUGAGGAAGCUAACAAAGGGAGAUGGAAUCAAGAGG